AUGUCUUCACAAGCUACAUUGAAAAUCGCAGCCAUAGCAAAUGGUGAUUCAAAUGAUAAAGAAGGCGAAAUACUCAAACUACUUAAUGAGUCCAAUGACAACGAGACAAUCAUUUAUUACAUCAAUUCAUUAGUCAAGCAACAAACAUUACCAAUAAAGGGUAUUUUAGUGAAGUUUGUUGAAAAUAUAAAACAAAAACAUACAGAGGCUGAACAAGUUCAACUUUAUGAAGAAAUUGUUAAAAUCUUCACACCUCCAACCGCCGUGGUAUAUUUACCAUUGAUGAAAACCAUCUUGAAUUUGACACAAAUAUAUGAAUCCAAAUUUCAAUAUGAUAAAGCUGCUGAAGUUUUAAAGUCAUUACAAGUUGAUCAUUUGGCCCAAGAGUUUGAUUCAAUCCUACAAUUUCAAAAAUUUGAAGUUGAAAUCAACACAAGAAUUGCUAAAAAUUCAUUAAAGGUUAAUGAUUUUGAAAGUGCUGAAGCCUAUGUCUCUAGGAUUGCCCCAAUCUUACCAAAUUUAGAAUCAAAUGGUAUUGAUGAUCUUCUCAUUGAUACUUAUAAGACAUCUGUUGAAACUAUGGUUAAAUUAGGUAAAUGGUUUGAAGCUGCUUCCAAACUAAUAGUAUUAGAUAAUGAGCAAUUUGAUAUCCCAUUGGUUAAAUACACCAUUCUUUCACAACAUGACCCUUUGAAAACAAGAUUAAUCAAUAAACUUGUUGAAUCGCCUCAUAUUUUACCAAAUAUUGAGCAUACACCACUAUUGAAUAUUUUUCAAAAAAUUUAUUCCCAAAAACUAAUUUAUCAUAAUGAAUAUAUUGAAUUGCUAUCUUACUUCUUGGAUACUGAUGAUCAUUCACUUUCAUCUGACUAUAUUACACAGGCUCUAUCGAAAGCACUAGUGGAAAAUAACUUGAUUGCUUCGUCAAAGAUUUAUAACAAUACCUCUAUACAGGGUUUCACUGCUAUUUUACAAUUAGAUGAAUCAUUUGUGGAAGAAUUAACUGCUGAUAUGAUUAGGGAAGAAAGAUUAGAUGCUUUAAUUGAUGAUAUAAGUAAAGUCAUUGAAUUCACAGGGUCAAACACAUCAACACAAACUAAAGGUGUCACUACUGAUCCUGUUUUAGGUCAAUGGCACAAUCAUAUCGUUGAAUCGUGUAUGGUCUUGGAUAAGAUAGUUGAUCAAAUUAGUGCACAAGAUCCUACAUUUACUGACUCAUUCCUAUUGGCUUAA